ACAAAACAUCUGUUCAUUUCGGCAGCUGCUCAUAGUUUUCUAGUACGAUGAAGGUUGACGUCCAAGUUAUCUCCACAGACACUAUCAAACCCUCUUCGCCCACCCCGGACCACCUCCGCCAACACACUCUCUCCUUCAUCGAUCAAAUUACACCUUCUAUUUUCAUGCCUCUCAUUCUCUUUUACCAAAGAGAAGAUGCCCGUGCUAAUCUCACCUACGAAGAACGCCAAGACCGGAUAAAGAUAUCCUUGUCCGAGGCCUUGACACGGUUUUACCCGCUAGCAGGACGUGUUAAAGACAAUUUUCACGUUGAUUGCAACGAUGAGGGGGUCCACUACGUGGAAGCCAAGGCCAACUGCCAACUUUCCGAAUUUCUUGAGGAUCCAAACCCAGCUGAGAACAACAAGUUCUUGCCAUUUUCAUUGGACGAUGUCAAUGAACGAGCCUUAGCCAUCCAAUUCACCUCCUUCGACUGUGGUGGGAUCGCCAUCGGUCUUGUCUUCGCCCACAAGGUUGCGGAUGCUUCCUCAUUCUUCUUGUUCCUCAACAGUUUCGCUGCUAUUGCUCGUGGUAGUGGCGACAUAGCCACUCCACGAUUCGACGCUGCCAAGAUCUUCCCUCCGGAAACUUUUCUUAGCCAAAGUCCAAGCGUGAGGGUGGGGACGAAAAAUAUUUCAAUAAAAAGAUUUGUCUUUGACGCGUCUGCCGUAGCCGCUAUAAGAGCCAAAUACAGCACCGACGACACCAACAUCGAAUACCCACGGCCCACUCGCGUGGCGGCCGUGUCGGCUUUCAUAUAUAGUCGCUUCCUCGCCGCCACCCAACCAGAUGCAGACCCCAAUAAGGUCUGCACCGUUUUCCACAUAGCGAACCUGCGUCCGAGGAUGGAACCGCCGCUGCCGGAAAAUUAUUUUGGAAACAUGAGUGUGCCCACAGUCUCUGUACUCUCCAGGGACACGGAGGAUGGGUUCCACAGCGUUGUUGUUCCGGUGCGAGAUGCCAUUCGGAAAGCCGACAUGAAUUACGUGAAAAGUUUCAAACAGGGUGGUGGGCACUUGAGUUUUAUGAGAGAGAACGCGGAAAGAUUCAGAAAAGGAGAGGUGAUCUCGUUGGCCUUCACUAGUCUGUGCAGGUUUCCUGUCUUUGAAGCGGAUUUCGGGUGGGGGAAACCUUUGUGGGUAGGCUCGGGUCGAUUGAUAUACCCGAAUCUAGUUACUUUGUUUGACAGGAAGUCAGGGAGUGGAGUGGAGGUAUGGAUUAACUUGGAUGAGGAAGACAUGGCUAAAUUUGAAGUCGACAAGGAGCUCCUGGCUCAUGUUUCGUCUGCCAAAGUUUCUCAAGUUUAAAAUUGUCUUGCUGCUUAAAAGUUUGUUUCAGUGCAAGUAUGCCUGUGAAUCAUCUGGUGUUGUAUCUCUUUUUUUUUUUCCCCUAAUUAUUAUGCCUGAUUAAGGAAACUCUAGAAUAAUCUUUCACGGAUAAAAAAUGUCCUUGAUAGGAUCUUUCAGAUCAUGUAGUCUGUUUGUAGUAGUUGGAGUCCGUGACAAGCCUCUCUCCAUGUAAUAAAGUCUCUCCGUGACAAG